AACGAUUUAAUCCGAAAUGAGACAUCCCGUUCAUUGCUAUUAUAUGAGUUGAGGGACCUCUUUGAAUCCUUCGAUGCCAGCAAUAUUGAAUGGAAUGAUCCACUCAGCUUUGGUUGUAUUGUUGAUCGAAACUCAGACAUAAUUUUUGGAAAGUUGCCAGAAGAACAAAAGAAGAAUUUGAGAGAAAUUAUAAAUUUGGCAUAUGAUCAAUACAAAACAAGCCCCGUUAUUUCUGACUUGGUUAAAGUCCUUUUAGAAAAAUCAAAAAGCUUGAAUAAAAGAGAAAUGAUGAUUUCACUCCCACCUAUACCAGCAGAUUUCCAAGAAAAUGAUGAGGAGUUUGAAGAUAUAUGUGUGAUGCAUAGGAUCAUAGACUCAGUGACCGAAGAAGUCUCGGAGGCAUCUCAAUGUCGGAUGGAUGAUUCUGGAGAAAUCAGAAUUGGACACAAGCCCGAUUUUCGUGUGAAAUCUCCACUGAUUGCCGGUGAAGUGGAAAUCUGUCUUAUGGAGGCCUCACGUGUUCUUCCGACCUAUAAAAAGAUCCGUGAUGAUUGGGAUAAGUUGGUCAAGCUUAUGAAAGAUGCUCAUGUGCGAUUACUGAGGAAACUCACUAGAGGGAGGGUUGGGGACAUAAAGGAAAUAGAAGAAGAUCUUAACAGGGUGCCAGUUUUUGGUAUCCAAGUUGCUGGAGGAACCAUGGCAUGUUGGGUUAUGACUAUGCCAUUUGGAGCCUUUUACUUUGUUCAACGUCUUGGUUCAGUGCAAAUUCCUAUGAAUCGAGGCCAAUCUUCACUUGCCGGAUUUAUGGAUGAAUUAUGGAAGUUAAGGGCGUCUCUACGAAACCAUAUUCACACCCUUACUAAGAUUGUAGAAAAAGUCGAUGCGUCCUUAUAUAACAUAGCUUUUUGUUCACCACAAGCUCGAGAAGAUGUGCCCCUUUACGAUG